AUGUCUCAAACACCUCAUUUUGAAACACUCCAACUCCAUGCUGGUCACGAACCAGACUCUGCUACCAAUUCACGGGCAGUGCCAAUCUAUGCUACUACCUCAUACACAUUCAAUGAUUCUGCCCAUGGCGCCAGACUCUUUGGCCUCAAGGAGUUCGGAAACAUCUACAGCCGUAUUAUGAACCCUACUGUUGAUGUUUUUGAGAAGCGCAUCGCCGCCCUUGAAGGGGGUGUGGCAGCCGUUGCAGCCUCUUCCGGCCAGGCUGCUCAGUUUAUGGUCAUCGCCGCGCUUGCUCACGCCGGCGACAACAUCGUAGCUACGAGCAACUUGUACGGUGGUACAUAUAACCAAUUGAAAGUCUUCCUUCCUCGUCUGGGUAUCACAACCAAGUUUGUCCAAGGAGACAAGCCAGAGGACAUCGCCGCGGCCAUUGAUGACCGCACCAAGGCUGUCUAUGUCGAGACUAUUGGCAAUCCCCGGUACAAUGUACCCGAUUUUGAGGCGAUCGCUAAGGUCGCUCACGAGAAGGGCGUUCCUCUCGUGGUUGACAACACUUUCGGCGCUGGUGGCUACUUCUUCCGCCCCAUCGAGCACGGUGCUGACAUCGUGGUGCACAGCGCAACCAAGUGGAUCGGUGGUCAUGGAACCACCAUUGGCGGUGUUGUUGUCGACAGCGGUAAAUUUGAUUGGGGUAAGCACGCCGAUAGAUUCCCCCAAUUCAUCGAACCGUCCGAGGGCUACCACGGUUUGAAGUUCUGGGAAACCUUUGGACCUAUCACUUUCGCUAUCCGUGUCCGGGUUGAGAUUCUUCGUGACCUGGGAUCGGCACUGAACCCAUUUGCCGCUCAGCAGCUUCUACUUGGUCUGGAGACUCUGAGUUUGCGCGCUGAGCGACAUGCAAGCAAUGCCCUUGCCGUGGCCACAUGGCUGCAGAAGAACGAACACGUGAGCUGGGUCUCGUAUCCUGGUCUGGAAUCUCACCCCAGCCACGAACUUGCCAAGCGUUACCUGAAGCGCGGCUUCGGUGGCGUACUAUCCUUUGGAGUCAAGGGAGGCGCGGCUGCCGGUAGUCAGGUAGUUGACAACUUCAAGCUGAUCUCUAACCUGGCAAAUGUUGGGGAUUCGAAGACUCUGGCCAUCCACCCUUGGUCUACCACCCACGAACAGCUCACGGAGCAAGAGCGACUGGACUCGGGUGUCACUGAGGAUGCUAUCCGCAUUUCGGUCGGUACCGAGCAUAUUGACGACAUCAUUGCCGAUUUUGAACAAUCUUUCAAGGCCUCCAGUGCCGCACUCGCACAGUAG